AAUACAGCUCUUACUUCAGCAGUAAAAGAAGGACAUUAUGACAUUGUGCUACUACUAUUUAACUAAUGAAGCUGAUCCAAACUUAAAUGAACAACUCGUAAUGGCAGCAAGUGAAGGACAUCAUGAUAUUUUAUCUUUAUUGCUCUCUAAAGGAGCUGAUCCAGACACUGUAGAUAAAUCUGGUCAAACUGCUAUUGGUGAAGCUAUGGAUUAUGGUCAUAAAAAUAUUGUUUUGCUUCUACAAAACUAUGCCAGUAAGAAACUAGCAUGUAUUGUAUUUCAUUGCAAAUCUUAA